AUGUCCUCAUCUAAACCAGUUACCCCUAGAAAUGAUAGGAGACAGAAUAGUGGAAGACGGCAUCUGCAUAGAUCUUCCGGAAUUCAAUUACCAAGUAUGUCGCCAAAAGUCCACCAUUACCCAAUAGAUGCAGAAAACCUACCUAUGGAUUCACCAGAAAUUGUGGAAAAAUUUGCAUCACUUGCAGAGUCUAUGGAGACAUUGGACUUGCAUAUGCACGAUUUGUGUCAUAUUCAUGAUCAUAUAUCGAAUCAAUUCAACGAAUCGUUUGCAAGUUUUCUAUAUGGGUUGUCAAUGACAAUGUGGUGUGUAGACUUCCCAGGAUGUCCAAGUAGAGAGCAAUGGGAAGCACUAAUAUCGAAAAGGGAAAGAAAAGAAAGAAUUGAAGUUUUAAAAAAGCGUUUGGCAGAUGCCCAAAAAUUAAAUGAUAGACUAAAAUUGAGGUUAUCUGACGAAGCUAAACAAAAACCACAACAAUUAACAUCACAGCAAAGACCAACACACGGGCCCACUAGACAGAUUAAACAACAGCCACGAUCUGUGAAUUUCAAUACACAUCUGUCAGAUAGCAUAUCAACAAAUAGUUAUACAUCAGGAGACUUCAACACCAAUCGUCGGGUGUCAAGAAUACCACAACCAUCUAGAUCAAACCUUCCGUCUUCGAGAUUUCAAGCACCAUCCAAAUCAGGACCUAAUCUUAAUCAACCACCAAGGUAUAUGCGUGGGUUAUUCGAUGGUAAUAACACGUUGAAUACUUCUAAUUAUAGUCGAAUCAAAAAACCUAUCCAUAACCGAUCAGUAAAUAAUUUGCAAAAUAGACCACCCUUUAGAUAG